CGGCAAGUGACAGGCAACGUUUGCAAUUGGGAUUCAGAAUUAUCACUAGGAUAAUUUCACCCUUCCCCAAUAAAUUUGAUCGAAGAUGGGCAAAAAAUCCAAGUCGCAGACAGAAAAGUCUGCCCAGACGAGCAACACAAAUGCUUCGCUACCUUUUCUAAGCGGAAAUCCCUCUGUGGAUCCUGCGUUGGCUUCGUUGUUCGAGACAAGUGCCGGCCCGGUAAAAGCUCCAGAAAUUCGUCCUACCCUUUCGAUCUCAAGAGCUGGAAGGCGGGACCUGGAGAACGACGAGGAAGAGAUCUCAGAAAACGAUGACGGCUCUAUCGCCGAAGAUGAGUCCAUGGAGGAUGCCCCAGCAGCAGCCGAUAGCGCAGCCAAUAAUGGUGUACACGAAGCUUCGGAACUUCCUAGCCGAAAACGAAAGCGCGCUGCUGCGGAGGAUAUUGAGGACUCAUACAUGCGCCGCCUAGAAAAGGAAGAACAAAAGGAACAAGAACAGCGCAGCGCAGAGCAAACGAAGCGUCAUAAGGUUGAUGGGGAGGAAGAUGAGGAGGAGGAGGAGGAAGAAUCAUCCAAGUCCGCUGGCGAGGAAGCGGAGUCCGAAGACGAAGAUGAAACAGAAAUUCCUAAGCAUGAGUCUCAAACUGGCGGAGGAUCCGGGGAUGGUAGUGAGAUUGAAAAGUCCAAUCGUACUAUCUUCCUAGGCAACGUAUCCAGCCAGGCAAUCACCUCUAAAUCGGCAAAGAAAACCCUGAUGCAACAUCUGUCAUCGUUCCUCUCCGCACUUCCCGAGUCGACAGGCCCUCACAAGGUUGAUUCUAUCCGUUUUCGCUCUACAGCCUAUGCUGGUGGUGGACAGACCCCCAAACGUGCUCUAUUCGCUAAACAGGAGGUUCUUGACGACACUACGCCGAGCACCAACGCCUAUGUUGUUUAUAGCACAAUCCAAGCUGCCCGAAAAGCUCCUACAGCGCUCAAUGGCACGGUAGUCCUAGACCGACAUCUACGCGCCGACAGCAUCGCUCACCCCUCCAAGGUUGACCAUAAACGAUGCGUCUUCGUUGGAAACCUCGACUUUGUGGACAAUGAAGCUAGCACUGAGGAGGGCCAGCAGAAGAAGAAAAAGAGGGCGCCUGCAGAUGUUGAAGAAGGCCUCUGGCGCACUUUCAACGCAAACACUACUGCGUCCAAGGACGACAAAUCGGGCCGCGGCAACGUCGAAUCUGUCCGGGUAGUCCGUGACCGCUCUACUCGAGUUGGAAAAGGAUUCGCCUACGUCCAGUUUUAUAACCCGAAUUGCGUUGAGGAAGCUCUGCUGCUUAAUGAGAAGAAAUUCCCUCCCAUGUUACCCCGGAAACUUCGCGUGGUGAGGGCGAAGAAAAUUACAAAGAAGCCUGAGGAUAACAACGCCUCAUCCAAGUCGCUUGCAGAUGCCGAUCGAACACUACAUGGCCGUGCUGGGAAGCUUCUGGGCAGGUCAAGUGCCGCUAGAUUAAAGGCGUCUGGGAAGCAGUCUAUCUCUCAGAAUUCAUUGGUGUUCGAAGGCCACCGGGCAACAGCGGAUGGGUCGUCUCGCAUUCGCGUGAAGACGAAGAGUCGCGGCUCUAAAGCAAAGCGGGACAGCCGAAGCAAGAAGCGCGCAGCUGCUUAUAAAGCUGCUGGAGGCAAACGGGCGAAGAUAGCUAAGUAGGAGGACUUGUGAUGAAAUGCUUUUAAGAACCUUGCUUUAGUUCCCAUGUUUAUAAUAUCAAGAUUUUCAGUCACUUUUGAAGAAGAAUGUAUACAAAAGCGAUAUUUGAUAUCAAAAUCGUGUGAAAAUU